AUGAUAUUACACUUUUAUGUUCGUCGUACAUUAAAAACGAGUCUUGUACUUGUUGUUUGGGCCAUUCUUGCCUCCCAGCUAAUCAUUCAUCAUUUGUCUCUUCGUGCAGCGCUUCUAUUAAUCACCGGAUUGACGAUCGUGGCUCAACUGAAGCACGCCGACGCCUGGUUCGAGACAUGUAAUAGAAUCAUAAAUUUAGCAGCUGGCGGUAAAUCCACUGUAAAUUCUCCUUUGUACAAGGCUAAUUAUAGAGCCAACUCAUCAUGUCGCUAUCAAAUAAGUGCACCGCAGGGAUUCACGAUAACAGCGACGUGUGAUUUGAAAAUUUAUCGGGAUGCCAGCGGCAAAUGUUCAGGAGAAUAUUUUUACGUGAUGCGAAAUGGAAGCACCGAACUAUUGGGCAGCGAAUUUCUCUGUGGCACAGGAACAAUCACUCGAACCAGUCGAUUCAAUAAACUGACACUUGCCUAUACUUCCGCAAGCAAGAAUGUCGGGCAAUUUUCUUGCUCCAUUUCGACGAAUUGCGAUUGCGGUUGGAGCGUAAAGAGCAAAGUCGUUAAUGGGCGAGUUGCUGAAGUAAAUGAAUACAUUUCAAUGGCGGGAAUUGUUGACCUUACAACUAACGAAGUUCGUUGCGGCGGAAGCAUAAUUUCGCCAUUUUACGUUCUCUCGGCAGCGCAUUGUUACAAUACGGCCCAAUUUUCGAAAGUUACGAAUGUUGGAGUUCUCGUUGGAGAUCACGAUUAUUCGACGGGGCAAGAUACUCCGUUUUCCGCUUUUUAUCGCGUUGCUUUAAUAAAGAAACAUGUCGGUUUUAAAUCCAUUACAAAUGUUAACGAUAUUGCUUUGUUAAAGACAUCCAAAGAAAUUCAAUUCAGUAUCGCCGUUGGACCUGCCUGCUUACCAUAUGGCUUCGCCUCGAACUAUUUCGAUGACAAUUUUGAACUUGAAGCUCCUGGAUGGGGCGCAACAUCAUUCGGCGGACCAAAUUCGAAAAUUUUGCAAACGGUGAAACUGCAUACGAUGAAGAUCGAAACAUGCAAAAGCCGGGGAAUGUUGAAUGUAACAACGAAUCAAUUGUGUACGUUCACGAAGGGAAAGGACACGUGUCAGGGUGAUAGCGGCGGCAAUUUGUACUAUCGCAGUAACAAACUGUACACCGUGUUGAUUGUUAGUUAUGGUUCGGGAUGCGCGACAAUUAAUCCAGCAGUAAAUACAAAAAUUUCCGCAUAUUUGCCAUGGAUCAAGGCCAAUGCUGUUGGCGCGAAAUUCUGUGGUGCAUGA